CCCGCCGCCGCCCCCGCCCUCGGCCCCACCCCGGGGCUCGCCCGCAGCGGCGGGGCUUUGUUUCGGGGGAGGAGGACCCGGAGCUCUUUUGUUUGGGGGUUUGGUGUUUUCACCUCCCCCCCCGCUCCCCCCAACCCUCCCCCCCCCGCGCCUCUCCGGUUUCCUGAGCUGCGGGCUGCAAGGGAGGAGAAGCGGCGUCUUGCAACCCCCUCGGCUGGGCCCCGGGGUAAUUCGAUGCGGGCCUGGCGAGGCUCCCCCCGCUAGACCCGGGCUCGCGUCUCGGCAGCCUCCACCCACCGGCCCACCCUACAUUUAGCGCAUCAUGUGAUCCGGAGUCAAGUGGAGCCUCCCAGAUCCUGGAAGGUUUUGUCGGGAUCAAUGUGACUGUGGAAACAAAUGGAUGAAUGAAUAUCCAUAUGAAGAGGAAAACAAUAAAGAAUAUCAACACCUUUGAGAACAGAAUGCUAAUGCUUGAUGGGAUGCCGGCAGUCAGAGUCAAAACAGAGCUUCUGGAAUCUGAACAAGGGUCUCCAAACGUCCACAACUACCCCGAUAUGGAAGCUGUUCCCCUGUUGCUAAAUAAUGUGAAAGGGGAACCCCCGGAGGACCCGUUAUGCGUAGAUCACUUCCAGACACAAACUGAGCCAGUGGACUUGUCCAUCAACAAAGCCAGGACAUCCCCCACAGCCGUUUCCUCCUCCCCCGUUUCCAUGACAGCGUCCGCCUCCUCCCCUUCUUCAACUUCAACCUCUUCGUCGUCUUCUAGUCGUCCAGCCUCAUCCCCAACUGUUAUAACAUCAGUAUCUUCAGCAUCAUCGUCGUCAACGGUAUUAACUCCAGGGCCCCUUGUUGCCUCUGCCUCUGGUGUGGGAGGCCAGCAGUUUUUGCACAUUAUCCAUCCCGUUCCGCCUUCAAGUCCCAUGAAUUUACAGUCUAACAAACUGAGUCACGUUCACCGCAUCCCCGUGGUGGUCCAGUCGGUGCCUGUUGUCUACACAGCUGUGCGGUCACCUGGAAAUGUGAACAACACGAUCGUCGUACCACUUUUGGAGGAUGGGAGAAGCCAUGGCAAAGCACAAAUGGACCCCCGAGGCCUAUCUCCCAGACAAAGUAAAAGUGACAGUGAUGAUGAUGACCUGCCAAAUGUGACCUUAGAUAGCGUUAAUGAAACUGGAUCUACGGCCCUUUCCAUAGCCAGAGCAGUACAAGAGGUACAUCCGUCCCCAGUAUCAAGGGUCCGGGGAAAUCGAAUGAAUAAUCAGAAGUUUGCUUGUUCAAUCUCACCAUUUAGUAUUGAGAGCACAAGACGCCAGAGAAGGUCUGAAUCCCCAGACUCCAGAAAACGGCGUAUCCACAGAUGUGAUUUUGAGGGAUGCAACAAAGUGUACACAAAAAGUUCUCACCUGAAGGCUCAUCGAAGGACACAUACAGGAGAGAAACCCUACAAGUGUACCUGGGAAGGCUGCACCUGGAAAUUCGCUCGUUCGGAUGAACUGACGAGGCAUUACCGCAAACACACGGGAGUGAAGCCAUUCAAGUGCGCAGACUGUGAUCGCAGCUUUUCCCGGUCAGAUCACUUGGCACUGCACCGCCGGAGGCAUAUGCUGGUGUGAGGAAGGCUACCUGUCCAGCUGAGUGUAAGAGCUGGAUCUCUUAGCGGCACCCAAUUCAGCAGGGCUGAAUCCCCUUCACAGUGUUAACACAAAAGGGCAUCACCAUCCCACGAUGUCUGAAAGCAGAGCAGGAAAAAGAAGUAGUAACACUUCUCCUGUCGGUCUGAAGGUAACCCCCAUCAUGACUACACGAGAAACAACUUCAUGCUGGCCUGGGAGAUCGGUGGCACAAAUGCUGAAGAGACAGGCUUUGUUUUCCGUGCUGUGUCCUCUGCCAUUUCAAGAUGUUUGUAGUUUGUACAUUUUCUGAGCUGUCAGACGUUUUGUUCUUGAUACUUUAAAGGUCAUCUACCACAAAUUGAUGGCUAGAGCAAGACCUUGUAAAUUUGAAUUAUUCUCCCAUCAUCCCACCCCUGAGCCCGUUUUUACAAAAGUUUGAGUUACUGUCUAAGUAAGAUAGAACCCACUUCCAAUCUGUUACCAGCAAGCAGCCUGAAAGUAGAAAAGAAGCUGUUGGAGAGGUUCCAUUACCUGAAAAGAAAGGAGCGCUCAGGCAGCCCUUUGCAAUAGUGAUGGCAGCCACUAGAUAUCACCCGCAACUUGUCAUUAUGCCAUCCAUGCCCUGGAGAAAACCAACAUUGAUGCUUUCAUUUGUUUGUUGUUGAUCGUUUUUGUUUUGUUCUGCUUCUGUUUUGUUCAUCUGUUCGAGCAGAGGGACAGCGACAUUUCAGUUGGAGUCUAGUCCUGGUGUCUGCCCUGGCAUGGACGGGCACAGAGCCGUUUUGUAGUUGAAUAGGAAGAGCCUGUCUAAAAAAGCUACUGCCCCACUUCAAAUUGCAGUGUUCUGUCACCUAGGCAUCAUCUCUUCCUGCCCCUAGUAUUUGAUUACAAGGAAUCGGGGGGAGGGGGGAAACUUUCUUAGACACACUGGCACCAAGGUAAGAGGUGGGGCUGACCAGGCAGUCAGUGAACAUGAAAAAAUCAGACAAAGCAGAGAUGGAAAUAAUGCGCCUCUUGAGGAGAAAAGCAAUAACGAAUAAAAGGACUUGCCUACAAUAACUUCACUGAGGACUCAUGUUACCAAUUUUCAUACUUACUAAAGGGAUUGUAAAAAACACCCCAGCAUUUUAGAGGUCUUGGUUACAUUUGCAGCACUGAGGUAAUCUUUCUGCUGUUUGUUGUCCUGCUUGGUUGAGUACCACAAUUAAAGAUCAUGCUCCCCCUUUUCUUGUUUGAAAACAGUUAUUUGGUGACUAGAAAGGCCACGGAGGCAUAGCAGGGAAUUAACUCUUGGGUGAAUGGGUCAGUUCUUGGAACCAAGUCAGUGGGAAAGGAAUGCUCCCCAAGGAAAGCCUGACAUGGUGCUAGUUUCCUCCCUUGGAGAGCCAAGGAUAAGUGACUCUCCAAUAGGUUCUUCUCUACAGAUUUCAUUUUCUAAACUCACCCAGUGGUUCUGCAAUGGCAUCUGCAGGGAUAUUUGAACCCACUCAUCCUGUGCUGAGGGUGAGAGGAAAUUAUAGUCCCGUCAGCCCCCCAAAAUUAUGAGCCUUUUUUGCAACUAGCAAAGUGUAUAGUAAACAAAGCAAUACAUCACCAACAAGCAUUCUUUCAGAAAAAUUAUCAUAUUUUUUCCCCACUAAAAGCUGGGUUUUUUCAGCUUUCUGUGGCUAAGGGGCUUGGUGAGGUUUUUUUGUCAUUGUUGUUGUUGUUGUUAUUAUUAAGAUUUCUUUUAUAGCUUAGGUAUAAGAAGUUGCCAGCAUAGACCUUUGCAAUAUAUUUUAAUUACAAACACUUGAUUUGGAGAAUUGCACAAAUCAACCUCACAAUAUUACUAGCUCAUUUUUAAAGGUGUGAACAUUCUGAAAUAAUUUCUGGUUCUAGGAUUAUCCUUUUUAGGAUUAUCUUCUAAUUCAGAUAAUCUUAUUUUGGUGAAGCAAAAACUAUAAACGUUGAAAAAAGGAUGAUUUGUGUUGGAUGGCAUUAAAAAGAAUUUUUUUUUUUUAAUAUUCAAGCAACAGCAUAAUGAUUUUCAGGUCAAAUUCUAUCUUCAAAAAUAUGUGCUCUACAUUUCCUGCCAGGUCUGAAAAAUUCAUUGGCAGUGUCCCUCCAACAAGGGCUGCAAUUCUAUGGAUAAAUAGCUUCUUUAGCUACAACAGUGUACUACCCACCAAGCACUGGGUUUUUGUGGGUUUUUUUACCAACUGGAAAGGUUUUUUAUCUGUACUGUAUGCAACUCCUCCUUCUCAUUGCCUGUGACUAUUUUGAAUAGAAAGGCCAGUGUUGGUUACUGGUCAGUGGCAAAGAACACAGAGCAUGACGAACACAGAGCAUGGUGAACACAGCUGUGAAGCCAUCUAUGCUAGUCCUGGAACCAAGUUGGCAGAUAGUAGGUGAAUCACUGAGGUGAAGGGCCGACGUGAUUUGAUUCUGCCUGCUCUUGUAAGAAGGGCCAAUCCCGUUCUCUGCUGAGAGAUCUUGAGAGCAUUACAGGUAGAAGUGGUUUUCAGAAUUCAUAGAACUGACAGGCAGUGGGAGCCUCCUGAGUGACAGCUAGAUUUAAAUUUAGCACAGAAUGAAAUGAGCUGCUCCUCUGUAAUAACAUAGGAAAAAUUCAGGGACGUGAACUUGUCUGCUCACCCCCUGAAAGUGGCAACCCAACUGAGACAGUAAGUUUACCGAUAGAACCUGUCAGCAUUUUGCCAUUUCCCCCUUUUGAUGUAUUGAUACUUCUAAGGAGGGACCCAAGCACAAAUAGUGAAUGAGUCGCUGAUCUAGUCGCAGGACUGAAAUUUACCUGGGACUUGUCUUGGGACAUGACAAAUUCUCCUUGGUGGAUUUUCUACAAGUGUUUCCCUGCGGAAAGGAAGGUGGUUUGGGAGAGAAGGAAUUACAUUUUUAAGUAAGAAUAUCUUCAGGCAUAGAAAAGCCUACUCUAUUUUAUCUUAUGUCCAUUCUAGACUCUUUUUAAAAGCACAGUAGAUGAUUAACAACAGAAAAGGAGUAGAAUCCAAAGGACUUCUCAGUUGUUCUCUAACUAGAAGCAUUCUUUGGUUUCAAAUUUGAAGCUAUUCAGUUUGCAGCUGGGCGUAUGUGCACGUUUGGGAACUUAGACACAGGUAGCUGCAAUGGCUUGAGAAGCUACAGUUGACCUGUCUCUUUGCAUUUUAGAGAUUGAUUUCAAGGAAGUUAAGGUUAUUUGAAAAGUUAAGAGGUACAGACUUUGAGGUUUCAAUAGAUUCCCUCCUUGUAUCCUGAUCUUAGGUUGUUUGGGAAAAGAUUCACACUUCCCCAUCCACUUCCAGCCCCAUCCCAUCAAUUGUGUGUGGACUUUGAGAAGCCUGCUUGAUAACUUGUCUUAAGUUCUAUUAAGGCAUUUAGACUGAAAUUCCUAAUGGCUUUACCAUAAAAUUUAUACUGUUGCCUGGCAUUACUUUUACAAAACACUAUAGGACAUUUAUUUUCAAAGGCAGUUCAAUAACAAUAACAUAAACCACAUUUUUUUUAAAAGAGCACUUUUUAUUCACUUUAAAGUUUAAGUGGAAAAUAGGAAGAGGAAUGUCAGGGGGGAAAAACUUGCAAAAUGCUACAGUGUUUACAAAUGCCAGUUCUAGAUGAUUGAAAAGGCCAUUCUCAUUAUGGUUGAAAUUUGGAAUAGCU